CCCAUCCGUGGACCUUAUAUAUAAGGCACUCCACGUCCAAUGAACCAUCACAGUAGAAACCUGAAGAUUUCUUGUCAGUUUUUCAUCGUCUGCUAAACUCGUCUUGUGAAAAACACUAUACACUUAUCACUAGCCAACAAUCAACAUGAACCGUCUGUCAAUUGUUUUGGUUAUUGCAUUUGUCAGUUACUCACUGGGUGCACCGGAAAACAUUGAAUCGCACAGAGCAGACAUAAAUCAUGACUUAGAGCACAGCAGUGACCAUGAACUUGAGAAACAGAAUGGAUAUGGAGACGGAAAUGUAAACAGUGAUCAAUUUCCAAUACAUGAUUGUUCUAGAAAAGGAAAUUUAAUUUUGAUGCCUCACCGUGAUCGAAAGCAAAAAAAUCGUGAAGGAAUGUGUGAUGCAUUGUGUAGAGUAGCUUGUGCUUCGGGAUUUGAAACAAGUGAAUGUUUUCAAUGUAUAAUUAAUGUUUGUCUAGAAAAAAACUUUGAUAUAGUUAAAUUUUAAAAUGUAUGUAUAUUUAGGAUUUUAAAUGUACAAUUUUUGUGAAUUUAUUUGUAUACGAAGAAUGCAAUAAUGUAGUCAAUUAAUUUAAUUUUAUGCAAUUUCAUUGAAGAAAUCAUGAUAAUUUGUACUGAGAUGUAUGCAAAUUAAAUUUGAUACAUUUUUGUUUAUGUAAUUCUGUAUAUUAUAUUAUAUUAUACAUAA